UAUUAAACAAAUGGAAAUAAUUAGUAAUCAAUCGCACCGCACUUGAAAAGACGUGUAAUACUGUGAAAGAGUGUACCUACCUACCAACAAUUAAAAGUUAUGGAAUUAUUUAUUAAAACAGAAAUAAAGGCCAUCGUGGCCGAAGGUGCGUUCGGUAAAAAUUGUAACUUAGUGUCGUUCAACGAGUAUAAUGAUAUUAUUGAAAAAAAAGAAUGGAAAUACAAAGCAAUAUUUGGAGACAUUGUCACAUCAGACGAUAUACGUUACUCCGUUUUGAUCAAGUUAAAAAAUCGCGAUCAAACAAUACGCGAAUCUAGUGAAUGCGAUACACUAUUCCAAAACGAAUUAAACUUCUAUGAAAAGAUCAUGCCAUUUUUAUUAGAGUGUCGUGGGCCGUUGGUAAAUAAUGGCAAUGCUCUAUCCUUACCACGGUUUUUUUAUGGUCGUAACAACGGCGGCGAAUUAGCGGAAAAGGAUUUACUUAUUUUCGAAAAUGUCAAUACCUUAUGCUACCAUUUUACUGAAGAUCAAAUAUUCCUGGACAACGAUCAUUUAAUCAUUGCACUUCAGGCUAUUGCAAAGUUUCACGGGCUGUCGUACAUAGCCAAACACAAAAACCCCAGCAGGUUCCAGGACAUGAUCGCCGACAUCCAUGACCUGCAGUUCGACGGGAACGGCCACUGGACGGCCCAGAACGACAUGCUGAAGAGGAUGGGCAAACGCGGUGUCGACCGGCUGUUGGAGCGCGACGGGGGACGGUACCGCGACCACGAGCAGUUGCGCCGCUUGAACAGGCUGUUCGACGACGCCACCGGCACGCUGCGGCGGGCCAUGCGCAGGCGCGAACCGCUGUCCGUCGUGUGCCACGGACAGUACGGCCGCGGCAGCGUCAUGUUCCAGUACGACGACUGCGGGCGCCCGUCCGACGCGCUCAUCAUGGACUUCUUCGAAACGCGUUACGGGUCGCCCGCGCUGGACCUGUCCAUGUUCCUGUUCACGACCACCACGCAAAAGGUGCGCGAGACGCACUGGGACGACCUGCUGAACGCGUACUGCGCCGCGCUAACCGCCGCCGUCCCGCCCGGCGUCCGGUUCCCGAACCGCGCCGAACUGGACUCCGAGAUGGCCACGUCCGCCAUCGUCGGGUUCGUGGAAGCGUCGUUCAUUUUGCCGUACAAGUUGCGGGACAACAGCGACCCGCUGUUGGACGCAGUGGCCACCAGUGACGACCCGGUUGACUAUUUCCUGGCGUUGGGCGGUGACGAGUGCACCAACAUAUUGGCCGACCUUGUACAGCACAUGGUCGACAUGGCAUAUACGCAGCCUUCUGAUGCACUCUGGCAAUAGUAUUUAAGUGGCCUUGUAAUGCACUCUGGCAAUAGUAUUUAAGUAAAAGUGUUCAAAUAACUUUAAGUUCUCAAGACAGCGGUUCUCAACCUUGAGCGCGACACUAACAUUUUUAAUCGAACUUUUAGCGAACCCCAAGCCCCCCCCCCUCGCCCUUAAAAAACACAAUUGCAAACAAAACUUUCAUUUCUUUACAGGAAAUCGGUAAAUAUAUACGUAUUUAUCUGUGCUCAAAUACGUGAACAAAAAAAAUGUAUACUUACAUUCGCAACUAACCAAAACUCCGAUGAGGACGCAUCGAGACUCGUGGUUAUUUAUAAGACUAAUUUAAAAUUAUUUUCUUCCUCAAUCAUUUUACUAUCAGACUGUUUCAAGAAUUAAAAAAAAAAAAAAAAAAAAAAAAAUGGUAUAAUAUAAUUUAUGUGUAAGUAGCGCUUUUGAGACUCACCUUAAAUACCUCUACGACCCUAACGUGGUCGCCAACCAAGGUUGGACACUGCUCGAUUAAAAUGUAAAUACUCUAAACACUUCUGAAGAAAGUGCCUACACAUUUCUCACGAAUUAUCAAUCUGUAUGUAAAACAAAACACCUAAUGAUUUCCCAUGUUUUUCUUAUUUUGUAGAAGUAGAUACCUAUUUACUAUGUAUCUUAACCC